GAAUAAAAAACAGCAUAGUACUAUUUUUUGACUUGAGUACACUCUUUGUAUUUCUCACUCUCCAGUUUGCAGGGAAUCCUUUCUCCACUCCAAUCAAUCUCUCACUGACACUUUCAAUCAAAGGUGCAAACUUUAUACACUGUUUCAUCAACUCUAUUCUCAGAAGGUUUUGAAAAUAAUUGGAUAGAAGAACAAGAAAGAACAUAUGGCUGUUUCAUCAGAUGUGUGUCCAACUGAGGAUGCUGUUCAGGUAUUUCUACAGCAUUUGGUUGAUCCAUUUCUGACGGAAAAAUCUUCUGUUCGAGAUAAUCCCUCACCUGCUCAACAUCAAUUAAUUGCUAAACAGGUGCAUUCUGUCGUCUUACUCUACAACUACUACCACAGGAAACAACAUCCAGAACUAGAAUAUCUGCCAUUUAAUGAAUUUUGCAAGUUGAUUGGGGUUCUGAGGCCACCUUUAUUGGCAUAUAUGCAAUUCAUGCAAAAGUUAAAUGAAGUAGAGCUCAUUGAUGUGGAAAAGCAGCUAUCAUUAACAGAAAAAGUGAUCAUGGAUGCAUGCGAUAUCUGUCGAUGUUUAGAUGCAUCAAAGACUGCUCCUAAUGUACAGGGAUGGCCCAUUUCGAAAGUUUCCAUCCUUUUAAUCGACAGUAAGAAGGAGAACUGCUUUUUGCUGUUUGAUUCUAUCACUAGUGGGGUAUGGUCUGUGGUUGAGAAAAAUGUAGAUACCUCCCACCAAAAUCCUGAAGUUGAAUCAGAAACAAAAAAUACAAACAAAAGGAAAAGAGUCAUUAGAAAGUCUGCAAAAGAUGAAUUCAAAGUUGAUGAAGAUGAACUUCUGCAAGUUGGGUAUUCUGCCAUAAAGGAAGCCACGGGUAUCAAUAACACUGAUAUUGUUCUUUUGGAAAGCUACACUAUCUAUUCUCAAAGCAAAGAGAAGGCAGCGUCUCGCUUUUUUAUAAUGCAGUGCUCCCAGUCAAUCAACCAGGAGGUGAUUAAAGUUCCCCUCAAAGAUGUAAUUGAAAGCUUGAAGGGUCCUUUGGUGAAAAAGAGUUCUAGCAGUUGGACAAUCACUCCAGCCGUGGUUUACUUCCACGUGCUUCCUUAUUCUGAAGUAAUCUCACAGUGUAUUUCUAGAAAAGAAUUCUCAAACAGUUUGCAAGAUUCAAGGGUAACAGAGAAAAAUAUAAUGGUCAACAUCCCUGAAGUGACAGAGUCCUAUAUAUUUAAGGACAUCUAUUCUGGUAUUGAUAGUAAGCCAAGCGAGGAUAAUUUUGAAACACAGGAGCAGAAUAAAGAAAAACGGCAAAAGAUCUCCAAUUCUAUACAAUUUGGUGAAGAUCAAGAAAAACACAACCCAUCUUUGCUGUGUAACUCCAAUGGCUCUGCCAAUGCUAUUCAGGCUAUGAAGGUUGAUUCAACAAGAAUUGUCAUCACUGAAGGUGGAAUCAACAAUAUUGCUUCUUCCGGCAAGCUUUGUGCCAAUAGGCCAAAUAUCUCAUAUGUAAAAGACACAACAGAUGCCUGUACUAAAAGUUCAAAUCAUUGUAACUCCAAUGGCUCUGUAAAUGCUAUUCAGGCUAGGAAGGUUGAUUCAACAAGAAUUCUCAUCACUGAAGGCGGAAUCAACAAUAUUGCUUCUUCCGGCAAGCUUUGUGCCAAUAGGCCAAAUAUCUCAUAUGUAAAAGAAACAACAGAUGCCUGUACUAAAAUUUCAAAUCAUUGUAACUCAGAUAGGGAGAAGCCCCAAAGUCUUCAAGAUUCUAAAAAGAAACUGUCGCGAACUGCCAUAGCUUCUCUAAUACGAAAGAAAAAUCAGCUGGCCAUUCAGCAGCGCAAGAUAGAGGAGGAAAUCGCUAUUUGUGAUACAAAACUUCAGAGAUUGUUAACGGAUGGGAAAGAUGACUUUGAAUUAAUGAUAGAAUGCAUUGUAGAAGGCUGUAAUGAUGCAUUGGUUACAACUCAAGAAGGGAUGGAUGAACAACAAUGAUAGAAUGCAUUGUCAGAGGCGGAAAGUUCAUGCCAGGUAGAUUCGAAGCUAAUGUAACUGUUAAUGGAGUCAAAUUCAAGUGUUCAGAAGAAGGUAACUUGUGUUCCACUCCUCUUGAAGCAAGAGAAUAAGCUGCUGCUCAGGUGUUGAGUAAACUUAGUAUGGCAAAAUUAACCAAGUAACGUUGGAAGCAUAGAAAUGCAUGUUUCCCUUGUGAUUCUUGGUUUUUUUUCCUGUAGUAUAGAAUAUUAACAAUGUGAAGAAAACUGCAUGUUCAUAUGGACUCAUCAAUGACCAUGUGAAACGGGAAUUUGUCAAUCAAUCUGUAUUUGAAUGCAGUACAUUGAGUCAUUUGCUUGUGGCAUGCUAAAGCUCAUACACAGUGACUAGAUUAGAUAGGAUUAACACCAGUUCUUCUCA